GCGUCCUUCAUGGCCUUCAUGGCCAUAAAGAUGGCCUAAAAAUGGCCUACGUCUGCCAUGGCUUGGGCGGAGCAUGAACGAGUUAGAUCGUCGCAAGAUCUUAGCCUGUGCGAACAGUUCCUGUCCAUUUCGAGUGCAUCCUGAAGCCCAUCUGGGUGGCUUCUGUUGUACCAGUUGCUAUUCCGCCUGGAUCGCUGGUCUACCGGUGAUUCAUGGGCCCAGGUGUCACCAGUCCAAAGCCGCCCAAUGGCUGCCGCGUGCGCCACCGCAAGCCCCGGGCCCCCCGGGCCCCGCGGGCCCCGCGGGCCCCGCGGGCUCUGUGGGUGCUGUGAUAAGCCCCGCGGUGGUGAGUCCUGCACGUGCCCCCAUCCUUGCGCCCGUCGCCAUCCCAGCCAUCCCAGCCCCUGCCAUCCCUGCCAUCCCAGCGAUCUCAGCGAUCUCAGCGAUCCGCGGAGCCACGGGGGCCACGCCCAAAAUCAUCCCUGGUCGGAAGCGGCCGGCGGAGAACCUGGCGCCUCCCAAGGCGCCUGUGGUGAGCCGUGCCAAGGUCCACGCCCACGGCGGACACGGUCACGUGGUGGGCGCGGUGCCUAAAGCGCGGGGGGUGCCGUUGCAAAAUGGGAUGCACAAUGGAUGGAAGAUGUGGACGAACGGUUGCCUGGGACGGGAGAUGGCACACACCCAGGACUUUUGGAGUGGAGACGCCAUGGAAGAAUUGGAUGCUGAGAAUAUGGGUCUCUACGAAGAUCAACUGUGGAACGACUUUGGUCUCGACGGCGCGGCAGCCGAGAUGGAGCCAACGAUGGACCCUUGGAGUUUCCCUCAGGUCCCACCUGCUGCGCCUGCGCCUGCUGCUCCGCCUGCCCGGGGCGUGCUGAUCCGCCCUGCGCGGCGACCGGAGGCGCCCGUGACGGCCGGCAACGCAGCGCCCGUGACGGAAGUGGAGGACGAGGUUGACCCGGCCCUGGCCGCCGUGCUGGAGCUGGGGCUUUCUGAGGAGCCGGCUCCGGCAGAGGCGGAGCUCUCGGAGGUCCCACCUGCUGCGCCUGCGCCUGCUGCUCCGCCUGCCCGGGGCGUGCUGAUCCGCCCUGCGCGGCGGCCGGAGGCGCCCGUGACGGCCGGCAACGCAGCGCCCGUGACGGAAGUGGAGGACGAGGUCGACCCAGCCCUGGCCGCCGUGCUGGGGCUGGGGCUUUCUGAGGAGCCGGCGGAGGCGGCUCCGGCGGAGGCGGAGCUCUCGGAGGCGGAGGAACAGCUCUUUCCGGAGGGUGACCCGGUGGCCAAGACCUCCGUGGCAUCGUCCAUGGACUAUGUGGCUGUCCGGGAGGACGCCACGACCAAGGCGGAGGCCGCGGUGAACGUGGGUCUGGCGUGCCUGGCGGAUGUGAAAUAUCUGCGGCGGAACUUCAGGAAACGGCCACCCUGUGGUUUUGCCUUCGUUCCGGAUCCCAGAAACGAUCUGCACAGCGUGUGCCGACGCUGUCUGUGUGUCAGCAGCCCCUUUGGCACCUGCACUGCGCCGGUGCCCAUGGAGCCCAUGGAGCCCAUGGAGCCCAUUGAGCCCAUGGAGGAGGCGCACGUCGCGGCGGCCAUCGACAUGGACGCCGAGAUGGCCAAGCUGCUGGCGGAGAUCAAUUCGGUGGCCGAGCCGACCCCCGACAUGCCGCUGCAUCCGCGCGUGACCGUGACAGCACCGUUGAAUGGCACCCUGCUGUGAGAGAUCUCGGGGCGAAACAUGUUGAACUUCCCUCACUGUUGGGUGUUUGAAAUGGAUCCUGAGGCAAUUGUCC